UCAGCGCGCGUAAACCCGUAAAUCCAUCCACUUUCCGGUUCCAAAUUUGUCUGCUUUUUAUUCCAUGGUCUGGAGGAAGGAACCAUGACUGAUUUACAGUGUUCACCCACCUCCCCAUCUACUUCUCGCCACUUCUCCCUGCGACUGAGCGAGAAGUCCAAGCAGAAGUUCAACCUGCCGAGUCGCAAAGAGGCGCUGGACAAAGUGGCCGAUGACGAGACACCGUUUAAGAAUUACAGAAAAUACACCCCACGGAAAUUGGUCAAUAACUUUGUCAAAGAGCGAAACUACUACAACAAUCCAGAUGGAAUCGACCUAUUUGAUGAGUUUUCGGAUGACAAUUUUAUUGAUGAUGGCUCUUCCAGCAGCAGUGAUGAAUCAACACAAGAGGGGAGUAUUCAGUCAAACUCUUCCUCCGAUAGCACUAGUGAAGGUGACGAGCAAAGCAAGACACCUGAGAAGCCCAUCUCGCGCAGGGGUAGAAAUCAAAGGAGAAUAACAGGAUCAGCAGGUAGCAGAAGCGAUAGCGAAGAGGAGUUAGCCAGACCCUUGAAGACUCACAAGCAAAGGCUGCCAGCAAGUCUGUCGUCCGGUUCCGAGACCAGCAGCGAGGAGGAUGUGCCUUUACCAAGUCAGAGAAAGAAACGGCAUGUCAGAGUCUCCAUUCAGAGUGAUGGGUCUUCUGAUGAUGAGGAGGAGGACCAGCCUAGGGCAUCCACCCAAGACCCAUCUGGAAGUGAACUUGUUGAAGCCCCACCAAUUCAAGUUAAGCUUGAAGUCAAGGAAGAGACUUCAAAUGAAGCAGAAGACAGCAGGUCAACAGGUAUGGGGUCAUUUUCAGCGAUCAAAAGCAGUCCGUCUGAUGAUGAACCGAACCAGCCUUGGGUAAUCCCCCCAGGUCCGUCUGGAAGUGAACCGGUCAAAGCCCCAGUUCCUGAAAUCAAGAUAGAAGUCAAGACAGAAAAACGCAUCCAAAGUGAGGACAUUGACAAAUCGAAUGGCAUGAAUAAAGUCCGUCUUUAUUAUAAAGCCAAGUACCGGUAUCAGGCAGAGGGUGAAGAGUCAUUGGAAGACACAAGUAGCUCUAGCGAUGGCAUGCCAGAUUUCGAAAACGACAGUACAGACUCGGACACUGACAACGACCCUAAUGGCGUGGAUCAAGGCCAAUACGGUACAGACAGUGAGGACUCAUUCAUAGCCACAAGUAGCUCUAGUGAUGGUACACCAGGUCACUCGGACACUUCAGGGAUAAACAAACCAUCCCAUGAGGAGCUCAUCUGCAACUAUCGGCAGAGAAAGCAGCAAAGAAAGCAUCCAGUGAUCAGAAAGAAGCGACGCAUUUGUCUACCCUCAUCAGAGAGUGACCGUAGCUGUUCUUUGGAUGGCAGCGCCAGUGGGGAGGAAAAGUCAGAUGAACAUUUGGACGACAGUGCAAUAAGGCGUCUUCCUUCGAAACGGGCAAAACGCCUGCGGAAGAAAAAGAGGGCAUGGGAGACGGAGGUUCUUGGGAGUUACAGAGACGAGAGAGAGAGAAAGUUGUCCAAGAAAUAAUUAUCGACAUGUUAGAGUUUUUUUAUGAUACAAGAAGCUUUGUAGUAUGAAUUGCUCAUCGUACAUUAGGGUUGUCCAUUUUGGAAUAAUUUAGUAUUCGAUUAUUCGAAAUGCAUUAGACUGAAUAUUCAAAUAUUCAAAACUCGCCAAUCAAGCCAGCUGCAACUGUGCGCUGCACCAGUCAAAAGUUACAUGCAAAUCACGUCUAUUAAAAUUUGCAUGCGUCGAUCAAAAUUAUGGGCCACUGAUCAACAUAUACGUGCGCCUUCUUGUAGCAUCAAGAUUUUCAUGUGGAUAUCGGCAUAUUUCAAAAGUAAUUGACUUGCUGGGGUAUCAAAAAAAGUGGCAUCUGACAAUUAAUAUAACACAGUCAUGAGUGUACGCGCAUAGUUAUUUGUCUUCUUUGUUUUCUUCGAAUAUUCGAACCAGCAAAAAGCUAUUCAAAUAUUUGGUUGAUGAUCUAAUAUUCGGUAUAUUUGGGGUAGCCCCAUCUUACACUGAAUACAGUGCUUGUAAAAUGUAUAUGAACAGAUGAUGUGGCCUUAAACUUGUCAUGUGAUGCCGACGUUCAGUGGGAAAAGCAAAAGGGGAAAAAAAGAGGAAAAAAUGAGCAACUUUGUUCUGGAAAAGGAGGAAUAUUCAUGCAAAGGUUGUAUUCAUUUGUUGAAAAAAAUGGAAAAAAGGAAAAAAAUCAAUAAGAAAAGGGACAUCAAACUUACAGUUGUAGGGUAUGCACAGGUACGUGCAUGUAUCUGGGCCAGAGGAAUUACCAGCAAGUAAAUGUACUGUACCCAAUAGAAGAACAUGAGUAGAAACUAUUGUAGAAUAAUGUGCUUGUCAUUUUUUAAACAAGUACGUUGAAAACUGGCUAGGGGCCUGGACACGGAUGAUGGCCCAAGCCAAAGGCGAGGGUCAUUAUUGGUAAUCAAUAAAUUUACAUGUAUACCGGCCAAACACAUAUUUAUUCCCCAUUCAUAAUACAUUUGGUUAAAAAGUAAAAACAAGUAAAAAAUUAUAAAUUUCCAACAAUUUUAU